AGUGAAAGUGAAUUGCCUACUUGUUGCAGCGAGCAAAAAGAAAUACAGAGGACAACGUGAGUACUAAAACCAGAAGGUGGAGCAAGUUUCUCCUCUCCUUCUCAGUUAAAAUAGACCUCCAGCACCUGCAACUAAAAGAGAAGCAGCGAUGUGGUGGGCACGUGAUCGCGUGAAGGCGCCCGUUGGACGGGGCCUUGAAGGCGGAGAUGUAGCAACAGGAUCUGGUUCCGGCCAGCCCGAUGAGCUUGUAAAAUUGGCACUGGAGUUCGGAGAUUUCGAGACUGCGUGCUCCUACUUGGGCAGCCGGCUGACGCAGAUGAGUGCCAUGUGCGAGACGCUAAAUUAAAGCUGUACCUAAUCCAUCUUUGGAAGCAUCCUUGAAACGUAUAGGGGAGUAUCGCAAUGGAGUGCUCCCCCAUACUUUUCAAGGAUGCACUUGAAAGAUGCAUCGCGGACAGUUCUAACUAGAGGCUAAAAACGAGGAUCUGAAGAGGUGUCGGGAUGUUACCGACAAAUUGCAGACGUUGAUGAAGCGCUUUGAGAAGCAACAUCAAGAAUUAAUGAUCGAGCGCGAAAAAUCACAAACUCUCACGUUAUGGCUCAAAAUAACCCAUCUCCACGUGAAUCCCGCUAAAGCACUGCGCUGGCAGUGACUGGAAGAGUCUCUCGGGCUGUACUGAGCAAGUACUAGGGCGAGUAUUUUAACGGGAUGCAUUCGCGGGAUGGGUGGAGGGUAGCGCUAAUCACAGCAAUUCGACAACGCAAUGCGCGACUCGAAGAGGCAAACGACAGGCUCAUGAAACAAAACCAAGAAAUGAAGCAGCAGGUACCUCUCAGUUUUAUUUUGUCAUCCUUUCGCCCAUAUUGAUAACGUAAACAUCACACCUUUUUAAGCACCUCUACAAUUACUCUUGCACGAUCUAAUGGUUGGCGAAUAAAUUGAUACUCUUUUUGCAUCGAAAUUUUCUAAAUCUAACCUUUUCUCGGACAGAUUGACGAGGCGCAACAAAUCAACGAGCGGAAGGCUGCAAUAGAAACGCCACUAGUGAAGGCGCGAGCAGGGCAGUGGUAUGUGGAGACAGCGGCAAAACUCGAAGAGUAUCGCUUAAAGGGCGAAAGACUAGCCGAUAUAUGUGCGCAGCAGCAGAGCUUUAUAGAGGACCACUUCAUGAAGACGUUGCUUGCGUCAGACAACGGAGAUAUAGAAGCGAUGCCGGAGGGAAGCGCAAUGUACUCUUUUCUCGUCGGAAGUAAUAAUUAUUGUUGCAAUUAUACCCGCGUUCUGGUCCCAGAGCUAGAAAACCUCUACCCUUUCGAAGAGCAAGCACAAAAAUCACUUGUUGCUGAAAGCUGCAUUGCCGGUCAAGCCGAUUAAAUUUACCUCCAAACGUACAACAGCAAGCAAUACAACGACUGGAAGAAGGACGUCGAUACUAGUUUGCUGCUGUUUGAUUCGAACUAUUCUGUCAAGAGUCUGGCACUUUUUGGGGACCAGCCAUCGAGAAAGAAGCGUUCAGCGGAUAGUAUUGCUUUCGGAGAUUCUUUUAGGCUUGAUAGAAUUUUUAGCCAACGGUAUCCUCGUCCUCCGGUUUUUAGUAAGUAUAAUAGUUCCAAGGAAUUGUCUUAACUACGUACAGAACGAGGAUGAAUGCCUUCGCACUUAAACAAAACAACUUCGUUCUUGUUGGAGCGUUGCAUGGAUCCCUCUCACUUUGUCCGCAGGUCAGGAUGGUACAGCAACUGCCAGUGAGGCGGCAGCGGGGACCGGAGACGAGGCUGAGAGGUCGCAUGGCUCUUCAGAUGGGGAACAGUGCUUGCCGAGUAUCAAGGAGGAGACUGAUAAUGAGUUCACGAAAAGCGCAGUGGACGAGGACAACAAGAGGCGGACUGUGGGUACGCAGUUUCCGCCGCCUCCACUCGAACUGAGCUUGUUUUCUGAAAAAAACAAACGCAGUCUCGCUGACCGACAAAAGGGAGCGCUUGACUCACUGCAUGUGACCACUUUGUAAAAAUUAUGGAAUCGGCAUAAGUGUACAGCUACAGAUUCAUUUCGUCGUGACGUAAGCUUAUCAUCAAACAUGUACAAAAAAAAGUCAUGACCUGAAUAAAGGGCUACACUUAGAUUUACUUCUGCCUGUAAAGAAAAUUGAGCAAACUAGCUGUCUAGUGUUUAUUAAACACCAUAAAGAUAAAUAUACAGACUUCUUCAUCUUUUAUUCAUCUUUCUAUUGAUUCGACAUUGUGCAUAAGAAAACCUGUGUGGACAACAUGGUUAUCUCGCUUCUCCUUGUGGUGUAGCUGAGAAUUUCCCUAAAUUUGAACAUCGAACAAUCUUCACUGUUACCUAUAUGCUGUCGUCAGACUGCAUUUUGCUAUAUGAGUGUCCUCUGUCUAAGCUUUCUGAUUCUUGAUAUCUGGACCGCGAAAAUCAAAAUGAAUCGUGCAUCUGCAUUGCAAAUCAUGUGCUGCGUGAAUGGGCUAGCGAGUUGUCUCAGAGCUCGCACCAUAUCAUAAAGGAAGUACGAUCUUGGUGCGAAAAGAAU